UGGAUUCGGUCUAGCGUCACCAUUAACAUCCCAACUAAGUCACGGGAGGAUGGUCCUCUACCAUAUAUUAUUCCUGGGUUGCACUAUUGUCCUCUUAUUGGCGUGAUAUGCAUGGCUUUUGCGGAUGUCCAGGCAAGGGCAUUCCAUCUUAUGCCUUUCCAACGGUUGUGGAAAGACCCUUUGGAGGGCCAUCAGGAGCGGAUCUAUGAUGAGCUCUAUACAUUGGAUGCCUGGUUGGAAGCUCAGGAUAACCUUCAGAAGCUUCCAAAGGAACCUGGUUGUUCGCUGGAGCAUGUCGUCGCUGGGCUGAUGUUCUUUUCUGAUGCCACCCAUCAAGCAAAC